AUGUCUGUGGUUACAGGAGUUAUAACAACUCCCAAUACCAACAGAAAUAAGACAUCACCCCAGUGUAAAUGCCCAUAUUUAACGGCAGAAUACUCACCAGGGUCAAUAAUCUACAAUAAAACAGAUCAAGCAGGUUGGUGCUUCACUGCCAAAUGCAACUCUUCCUGUGGUAUAGAUAUAGUCUCUCAGCCAUGCAAAUUACCAAGAGACUGCAAAGAAUUCAACAGAAAGCAUAUGGAAUCCUGGAUUGAAAACUGCAAAAACAACACAUGCAAAAAUGGCAGUGUCACAUCAACACCUCUACAAUGUGGCAUAUCUGAUAAUGUCAUACCUAAAUGUAGCAACGGAAUUAAAGCUAAGAAGGUGCCUUAUAACGAUGGAUGCUGUUCUAAGUAUGAGUGUGAAUGUAAAUGUAGUGGCUGGGGUGACCCACAUUACCAAACUUUUGAUGGAACUUACUAUGCUUUCCAAGGAAACUGCACUUACGUUUUGUUCCAAGAAAUCAUCCCAAGAUACAAUAUCAGUGUCCAUGUUAAAAACUAUUAUUGUGAUGUUAAAAAUAAUCUUGCUUGCCCUGAGUAUGUGGUUGUGAACUACAAAUCCUAUAAAAUAAAGCUGACAAGCAACACUAAAGAGGUCCAGGUCUACGUUAAUGAUGAAGUAAAACAACUAACUUAUAUGAAUAAUGAUUUCUUCAUCACCACCUCUGGCAUGGCAGUAAUUGUGAACAUCACUGAAAUCAAAGUUGACAUUACUGUGAAUCAUCAAGGCUUUGAGAUCAAUCUCCCAUUCUCCUACUUCCAUGGUAAUACGGAGGGACAGUGCGGGUUUUGUGACAACAACCGUACAAAUGACUGCAGACGUCCCGAUGGACAAACUGAUCCAUCAUGUGUGAACAUGGCACAGCUUUGGAUGGUCCCCCCAGGAUGCAAAAUACCUCCAACUCCAACUCCAUCUCCACCUACACAUUCAACUCCAUCUCCACCUCCCUGCAAUCCGACCAUUUGUGAUCUCAUCAAGAGCGAUAUGUUUAUAAAAUGCCGUGAGGUCAUUCCUUAUGAAGGUUAUUAUGAGGCAUGCAAAUAUGAUGUGUGCCACAUGGGAAACAGCUCUAUUGGUUGUACCAGUCUGGAGGCAUACGCUCUGCUAUGUGGCAAACAGGGUAUCUGUGUGGAGUGGAGAACAUCAAAUGAACUCACCAAAAAGUGUGAAUACAAGUGCCCCAGUCACAAAGUCUAUAAGGGAUGUGGUCCUAAAGUUGAAAAAACCUGCAGUACAAGGUACAAUGAUAUGUUUGUGGAGAAAGACUGUCAAAACAAUAACUGUCUUCAAACAUUCACGGAAGGCUGUUACUGUCCUGAUGACAAAUAUCGAGUUAGUUCAACGAUAGAUGCCUGUACAUCUUAUUGUGAUUGCAUCGGCCCUGAUGGAUUACCUAGACAGCCUGGGGAUACAUGGACCAUGGACUGUCAUGAGUACACAUGCUCCAAUGAGACCUUUGGUAUUAAAACUGUGCCUGUCGGGUGUCCGGCUGAAAAGUCCUGUGGACCAGAACAAAAGAAAAUAAUUGAAAACUGCUGCCUAACCUGCGUGUGUGAUCUCGAGCUGUGUCUUCAGAAGAAGUGUCCUGUGGGAUAUACGUUGGCAGCAAAUAAAUCUGAAGACAGUUGCUGUCCACCCUGUGUGCCCAAAGAUGUAUGUGUGUACAAUAACACUGAGUACCAGCCUGGAGUUCAAAUCCCCACAGAUCCCUGCAUCGAAUGUAACUGUCUAAUGGAUAAAGACCCAAAAACCCAACUACAUGUCGUCACGUGCGCUUCUAUCGCCUGUGAACCUUGCCCUGAUGGAUUUGUGCCUGUCCAAGAAGAAGGAGAAUGCUGUCAAACAUGCCAGCAAAAUAGCUGUUUUUAUACGGCGCCAGACAACACCACACAUAUUCUCAAGACUGGAGACACGUACAACUACAAGUGUGAGACUGUGAUCUGUCAACAAAUGAAUGACACAUUCAUGAUAGAGAAGACCAUAGCAACCUGUCCAGAGUUCAAUCCAGAUGAGUGUGUGCCUGGAACACUGACACUUGAUGCAGAUGAAUGUUGCAAUACUUGUGAGCUCAGGAACUGUGUUCGUGUGAAGAACACCACAGAUGUUACUUUAAAUGACUGCAAGUCCAUCCAUCCCAUAGAAGUGACUUCCUGCAGUGGCCACUGUGACACAGAAUCAAUGUAUUCAAUGGGAGCCAACAUCAUGAUGCACAGCUGUUCUUGCUGUCGGGAGAUGAAAACCAGCGUUAAAAAAGUGCAGCUGAAGUGUUCUGAUGACCGUGUGAUCGAUCAUGACUACAUCUACAUAGAGAGCUGCAAAUGCACUCCAAUAGCAUGUGAAAACCAGAAGACUAGUGGAUAAAAGAUCCCAUUCAGUGUGUAUGCUAUACUGCUACAAUUCCAACUAAAUUGCUAAAUACUAUGCAUAUAUUGGUGAAUGAUGGGACCAUUCAGCUUUCUGUUCUAUAACUAUUAUCUCUCAGGGCAUUUUCAGGGCAUUUUGAACAUUUUGUUUCUUCUUUAGCAAUGAAAAAUUUAAUUCUUUACAUUUCAUCCUUCUGAAAUAAGUGAUGACUAUAAUAAAGCAAAAAAAAA